AUGCGGGAUUCUCGAAAUCAUGGUCUGGCCCCGCAGGGAAUGAAAUGGGGUACUGAUCUUCUUCCAGGAGAUGCCAAUGGCUGGGCCACGCGCCCAAUCAAGCGCCAGAGGAUGGUUCAGCUGUCGAACCGACAGGGCCAACGAACCCCUCCAGCGAGAGAAAUGGAGACGUUGCCUCCUAUCGUUCUUCCUUCUGUUCCUCCCAUGCACAUUCGACGUUCGGCAACGUCAGAUCCUAGCGAUCGUAAAUUCCGCGCUGGCAUCGAUGCACCUCAGAGGUCCAGUGAAUCAAAGGGACACGCGAAGGCUAAGAGGGGAACUAAACGACGACGCGACGGUUCUCCAGUCCAGAAAGCCGAAAAAAAGGACAAGCCUGCACAGUCGACGGGUCCGGUAAAGCGAUGGAGAUGUCCGUGGGGCAAAGGAUGCUCGUUCACGACCGACAAUCCGAAGCAAGUGUGGCCAUACCUAGACCGACGACGAAAGAGCGACGACGACCACUUCAGCUUCAAGCUUCAACACCGAAGGCCAUGGGUCGCUUUGGGCGUUGGUGCAAGGCCCGUUGUGCCAGCGUCGGAUGGGAUCAGAGGAUGGUCAUGGGCACUGGGGCGGUUGGUGGGACCGAGUGGGGAUGCGAGCCCAAGUGGUGGUCCGGGGCAGUGGUACGUUAAGUAG